UAGGUAUCAUCAUUGUACACGAGUUGUUGUCUUUAAAGUAAAAACCAAUCAAUUAUGUUUGCGCUCGUGUUUUCGUGCAAGUCCUGUCAAGUUUUUGUAUGUUGAUCGGCAAACGGGAUAUAAGAGGGAUAUAUUCAAAACAGGUGUUGUUGUUGUGAAUGUCAGUGGAUGCAUUUGCCAGUGUAUUGCAAUAUGAAAUAUGUUUAGCAUGGUAUAAUUUAUAAAGUUGAAGAUGUAGCGUUAAAAGAAAAAAAACAUUUCUGGAGGAAGGGAAACUUAAACCAUCAACCAUGACCAAUUCCAUGUCAAAAGAAGAAGAGAUUGUCCAGCUACAGGACAUCAAUCAACAGUUAUGUGAUGAGCUGAGACAAUGUCAGGCGGACAAAGAUUUUGUUUGGUCGCUGUGGAAGAAGUUACAAGUGGCCAACCCAGAUGUGACAAAGACAGUGUCACUGGUCUGUCAAAGAGAAAAAGAAAAGUCGGAGACUAAGGACCGUAAGGUGCUGGAGAUACUACAGAUGAAAGAUGAGAAGAUCGAGGAAUUGCAAACACUUGUGGCGGCCCGAACCAAGGAACUCAGCGAAAUUGCUGUACGGCGAAUGGACAACCAGGACAAUUUUGGCAAGAUACAAACUGAGAUGGAACGCCUGCGGGAUCGUAACUCACACUUGGACAUGCAGCUUAAAAGUUUUGAGAACCGAGAGAAGACAAAAAAUGAACUUCAUCAUAGCACACUGGAGAAUCUACAGCAAAAGUGUAGUGAGCAACAUCUUCGUUGUGAGAAGCUUAGCGCAGAUCUGGAUUUGACAAAGAAGAAUCUUGCUGAUACUGUUGCUGUCAAGGUCAACCUGGACAACAAGUCUAAGAUGAUAGAAGCAGAACUACAUGAGAAGGUGGCUAGAUUUGAAGGCAUUAUUGAAGAGCUUGAGGAUUCUAAAAAGCUACUGAGACGAUAUGACACUCAGCUUAAACAAAGUCACAAGGAGACAGAGUUCAAAAACCAGGAGCUAGAAAAUAUCAGGAAGGAACUGUCUGAGCUAUGGGGAAACCACAACCAACUGACCGAACAUUCCAGUCAACAAGCGGACCUCAUCAGACAGCUCCAGUCUCUACAGCAAGACACUCAGAAAAUGAUGAAGAAUGCAGAAGAUGCCUAUUGUAUGGAGGCUACAUCUGUCCAGGAUAUGUACACGGAGCUGACUCAUCGGUAUGACAAGUCAAAAAAGACUGAAUCUGAUCUUCGACAUCAAGUCCACUCACUCCGAAAGGAAAUGAUGGAGAAGGAUGACAUCAUCGCAAAUCUACAAAGUAAGGUUGACCGACGACACAGAAAGCGGAACAAAGGCUCCUCCGCCCUCAACGGCAGCUUUCUGGCCGACGAUAAGGCUGAUGACUUGGAUGCCAUGGCCGAUUUGGAAUUCAGAGUGAAAAGCAUGCAAAGGGAGAUAAAUCUACUUCAAGAGGAGCUGGCCUCUAAGGACAGACAAAUUGAUAAACUUGAAAGUGAGCAGGGACAUUCAGACAUUGAGUUUGAUGUGUCAGGACUAAAUCGUAGAGACAGGACACAUUCCACUCCGGCUCGGGAAACAGACAAACUGAGAUCUUCACGCCCAACAGCUGCCAAAGCUGGUCACAAACGGUCAAGAUCUGUGUCGCCACGGACACAAGUCCAGGACAAGGAUGUAAAACUGAGGCUGAUUAAGGCUGAACGAUCACUGGAGGAUACUAAAAACUUACUCAAAUUGAAGAAUCGAGAAGUUGAGGAAAUGAAGAAAGCCCAUGCCAAGCGUCAGGCCCGGGUCAAGGAGAUCAAUGCCAACUACAAACUUGUCAAGGACCAACUGAAAUCUCUGGAAGAUGAACAUUUUGGAAGGAAGAAGAGGAAAGGUAAGCGUGCGGAUCCGAGAGAUCUGCGGUCAGAGAACAGCGAUGGUGUGUGGAACGAGCUAGCUCACUAUAAGAGUGAGAACAGGAACCUACUUGUAGGAAGGGUUGGUAUAGAGGAGGACUUGGAUUCCUUACGGGUACAAACCAGUCAGGACGCGGCCACCAUUCAUGAACUCAAGAUUGCUCUUACGCAGGAGAAGGAAGGACGACAGUAUGACCGGCGUAAAACCGACCUCAGGACACAGGCACGGUCAGACCAAGAGUCGGAGUUACGCCUUCUUAAAUCUGAGUUACAAAGUAAGGAAGUUAGACUGGAAAGAAUGCAGAGAGAAGUAGAAGAUAUCACGGAGGAAAAACGUAAUCUGCUGGAGGAUAAAAGGGCUCUGAAGGCAGAUUUACUGGAGUUAAAACAAGGCCAUGCUCAGCAUCGGAUAGAGACGGCUGAUUACAAACACAGUAUCAAACAGUAAGUAAGGGAGACAAUUGCUAGGUAAGUAGGGGAGACUAUCACUGGGGAAGCAAGGGGAGACAAUCGCUAGGUAAGCAGGGGAGACAAACACUAGGUAAUUAGUAGAGGAGAUAAUCGAUGGGUAAGCAGAGAAGACAAACACUAGGCAAGUAGGGGAGACUAUCACUAUGUAAGCAGGGGAGACAAUCACUGGGUAAGCAGGGGAGUUAAACGCUAGGCAAGUAGGGGAGACUAUCACUGGGUAAGCAGAGGAGACAAACAAUGGGUAAGCAGGGGAGUCAAACGCUAGGCAAGUAGAGGAGAUAAUCGAUGGGUAAGCAGAGAAGACAAACACUAGGC